GGUAGGCAGAGUCCUGGGCUUAAAUUAGGAGGCGUCGGGGCAGGAGAGCUCAGUUCGAGUCGAGAUCUCGCAGCGCACACACAGCUCGCCCAUCCGAAGCCAUCCCAGCCCCAGCUGAUUCUCAAGUGUUCCAAGCAAGUGCUCUGGUGUCGCGGUAGUCGUUCCUUAGUCCCGUCACCGAACCAACCAAGUAGCGGAAUGUCGAAGAUUAACCUGCACCCCCCGCAAACCUACUCGCGCCUGUUCCGCCCCUGGGAUACGCAGCGCCAGGCGGCCGCCUCAGCGCCCAGGAUGGUGAAGCAGGAGCCGGAGACCAUCACCAUCAAGACGGAGCUGCCGAGCACCAGUUUCGGCCACGACUGCCACCGGGACUUCUCGUCCGCGUCCUCCUCCUCGUCGAGCAGCAGCAACAGCAGCAAGUCCUGCUACGAGGACGGCCUGAACCACAGCAGCUACACCCGCACCUCCACUCCGCUCCUGGACGCCGCUCCGCACCCGGUCUUCCCCCACCCCCACCCGUCGCCCUCGGACCCGCCCUCCGCCAGCUCCGGGUCCUCAGCCCCGCCGCAGCAGCACGCCCCGUUUCUGCCGGCCGCCAGCGACCUGUACUAUGCCGCCGCCGCCGCAGCAGCUGCCGCUGCCACUGCGCCUGCCGCAGCGUCCGGCUUUGGCAUGGAUCCCUUCACGCUGGGCCUGAUGGAGCAGGAGUACGCACGCGUGAUGGCCGAGGACGCGCAGCUGAAGGCGCUCAACGCCCGCAAGCAGCGCCCAAAGAAGUUCAAGUGCCCCCACUGCGACGUGGCCUUCUCCAACAACGGCCAGCUCAAGGGCCACAUCCGCAUCCACACCGGCGAACGUCCCUUCAAGUGCGACGUGGACACCUGCGGCAAGACCUUCACGCGCAACGAGGAGCUGACGCGCCACAAGCGAAUCCACACAGGACUGCGGCCGUAUCCUUGCAGUGCCUGCGGGAAGAAGUUUGGGCGCCGCGACCACCUGAAGAAGCACAUGAAAACGCACAUGCCGCAGGAGCGCCAGCUGGGCCCGGCCAUUUUUGUGCCCAUGUAUCCCUACCUAUAUGGCUACUGAUGGGAAAAGCCCGGCUCCUCGCCCCCAAGCCCCUUCUGCGAUCUGUGAAGCGCUUGCACGCUUUAAGCGAGCACAACCGAAUCCAGCGAACCCAAUGCCGGCCAAUACGCAUGGCCAACCUAGGACAGAACUACCUCAGCCGUACCUGGCGCAAUAUGGCGCGCUCACCAAACUCAAUCAACGCUAGCUAUCUCCGAGACCCCCGACGAUAUAUGCAAAUAUUGAGAUAUUUAUUUUUUAACGCAUAUUUACACUCCAGCUACGUGACUAGUGAUGGGCGCACAGAAAUCCCGCACUUGUGUAAAUACCUCCUUAAGUGAUCCUUUCUCAUAUGCUAAGCGAUUAAGAGAUUUAAGAGAUUUUCGGCUUGUAUGCUCGCAUGCAAAGAGUCUUUACUAAAAAUAAGCUGAUUUUUAAACAGUUUUAUAAGCUGAACGCGGCUACCAAUAAAUAUACGAUUUACACCUUGAUAUUAUACGAACAUAGUUAAAUAUUGAAAGUUUCA